UCCCUGUCUUCACGCAUAUUCGCGCCACGCCAAAGCAACGCAUCUCUCGUCUCUAAGCCAAUACAUACAUUGCAAUUUUUGACAUUGCCUGGUAAGUAGAGUAUAUCUUAUGAUAUUAAAUCCUUCUUCUGGUUUUUUGCUUUUUAUGUUUUUGUUUUGCCCUGUUCUAUCCUCUUUUGGCUUGAGUCAUCACGUUUCCAUUUUCUGCCCAUCGAUGGUGCUUGCGCGGGAACAAUUCGGCCAUACCGGUUAUCAAAUGUCCCUCUUACGAUCAACAUCACAUCAAGCGCCUUCAACAUGGUUGUCGAUCAAUCAGCAGCCUGCUCGCGGACAUCUGGGGCACAAAUCUGGAGGCAGAACCUUUGCCGAGUUGACUUCCCGAUGAUGCACCACGCGCCCGCGGCUUCUCAUCGCUACGGUCGCUCGGCCGACGGACUUGAACGGUCGCUCGAAUGAUUCUGUAUACGCUGAAGAUCGCUACUCCUCCAUUGUCGCCAUUGACCGGCUUGGUUCGAUUCUCUCCUGU